ACCGGGUCAAUGAUUUAUGACCUGAUUUUGACUUUUUUUGGUACAAUAUCUUAUAAACUUGUUCUUGUCGCGUCUCUCGAAAUUAGGGUUCUUUCUGUUAAAUCUAUCUUCUGCGCUUUCAGUCUUAUCGCCGCUAAAGCUCUACCGCGUACGCAGAGCCUCUCUAACAGGAUGGAUUCUCAGAUCAAGCACGCUGUUGUAGUGAAAGUGAUGGGAAGGACUGGGUCAAGGGGUCAAGUGACUCAGGUUAGAGUCAAGUUCACUGACUCUGACCGUUACAUCAUGAGGAACGUCAAAGGACCAGUCAGAGAGGGAGAUAUUCUCACCCUUCUUGAGUCCGAGAGAGAAGCCAGAAGACUCCGUUGAUUCCUACUUGCUCUUCCCAAAUGUUGGUUGUUUUUGGUUUUCUGCUUUAAAGAAGAAGAAAAAAACAGAUGUUAUUGUUUUGAUAGUUGAUGAAGUCUAUCUCCUUCUUUGCUCUUUGUAAACUUUUAAAUCAUUAAAAGACUGAUGCAUGCAUUUCUACUC